UAUAUGUCUGUAUAGAGAGCGAGAGCGGAUAAUCGAACUAAUUAACCGACAAAACAGACUUUCUUUCCUUCUGUUCCGCAAUGCCGAAAACCCUAGACAAAUCUAAGAAGCGCAAAUCCGUCAAAACCAAAUCCUCCAACACCAAGAAGCAGAAGAUCGAUCAACCCGAAUCCUCCACGACGCCUUCCAGCUCAAGCUCCGACUCCACCGACUCCGAAUCGGACCAAGAAGAAUUCGACCCGGAAGAGCUCCGGGAGCUUCUCCAGCCCUACUCCAAGGAACAGCUAGUCGACCUAAUCUGCUCCGCCUCUUCCCAGAUCGGCUCCUCCAUCUACUCCGCCGUCCUCGAAGCCGCCGACCGCGACGUCACCCACAGGAAAAUCUUCGUCUACGGCCUUCCCUGGGAGACGACUCGCGACGCUCUCUUCGCCGUCUUCGGAGGAUACGGAGAGAUCGAGGAGUGCACCGUCGUUAUAGACAAGGUCACUGGUAAAGCCAAAGGCUUCGGGUUCGUUACGUUCAAGUCGAGGAGAGGAGCUAAAGAGGCUCUCAAGGAGCCCAAGAAGAGGAUUCUCAACAGAACAGCGACGUGCCAGCUAGCUGCGAUGGGGCCUGGGAAGGGGCAAGACAUGGCCACUGCUGGUCCGGUGAAGAUAAGUUUGGGACAGUCUCAGUCUCAGCAACAACAGCAGCAGGUGUUUAACGGUGGUGGUGGGAUGGCUGCGUCGCCGUUUAUGAUGGGGAACCAGUACCAUCCGGUUUACGGAGGUGGUAUGAUGGGGAAUCCAGGUUUAGCAGCUGCAGCAGCUGGUGGAGGAUACAUGUAUCCGAUGUUGGCUAGUGCGUUGGGUCAGAUGGGUGGGAUUGUUGGUGAUCCUGGUUUGUCAGCACUCGGGCCUUACUUUGGAGGAGGUCAGAGUCUUCCUCCUACUGCUUAUUCUGAUCCGGAGACCAUCGGGAAAAGAGGGAGUGGUAAAGAUUCGGAUGCUGGUGGUGGCUCGUUUAAUGGCUACUCAAACUAUUAAUGAUGAUGUGAGCUGAGCAUGAGAAUGAUAAAAACAUGCGGGUUCUGUGGUUUCUAUUUUACAUGUCUUUCUCCCAUCUCCGUUUCUUCUGUUUCACUUUGUCUUUUAUUGAUAUUUACAUCAAGUCAGUAUUUCUUUUUUUCGGUUUUAUUGUAUGUUUUCUUUUUUUUUUAUCUUCCAUUUAGUUUAACUUUUGUCCGAUGCAGUUUGAUAGACAGUCUGUUCUGUUACUCAACUAAUUCUGUGUUGUGAUCAUUCGUUGAACAAUACGACCUCUGUGCAAUCAUUGUUGUCUUCUAUAAAGCCGUUUUUGUGUA